AUGUUCCUGCGGCAACACACUCCCUUUCAGGCCAAUCACAGACCAGCAUUGCGACGAAACGGAUCGUCCUCGUCUUCAGUCAGCCUUCAAGUUCAUGAGACUAUCCUUGCUGCAAAGGCUCGCGACUUGAGCGCCAAAUGCGGCUUGAAUCUGGCGAACCAAGACGUCGAGGCUGUUCAUGGUGAACAGAGUACAUCGCAAGCGGAGACAAGGUUCAAAGCAGCCAGAGCGCAUCUGUUUGUCGACGGCCCUCCAAGCCAACCCCAAUCCGGCAAUUCGAGAGCAUCUAAGCGCCACUCGACUAAGCGUACAAGUCUUCGCGGAUACGCCCAAGCACGAUGGACGCGGCACGAACACCUACGCGAUCGGGUGCUGAGCGCCACCAAUGUUCCGAAGCUCGAGUGGGAGGCCAGCGCAGCUCUUCUGCAUCACUCGUACCCUCUGGCGAUCUUGCUUCUUUACCGGGCCGCGAUGCUUGGUUCCGCUAGUGCAUGCGAACAGCUCGCCGACCUGUACGCUGAUGGCGUCACGCGCGGCACCUCUCCUGCCGUCACGCUCGUCUAUCGCGAUGCUCUGCGCAGCAUCGCCUGGGUCUUGGAGGCGCUUCGGCUGUACGAGCGUCGCCUCGCUGCCCAGAUCAAGGCGGCAAGCGCAUCGUCCACACCCUGCCUCCGUCUCGCUCAAAUCUGGCAAGGUCCUCUGCGUGCAACUCAGUUGCUAGUACAUGGCCUCUUAAGCCCCAACGUAGCGGCCUUCGACCCCUGCCAGAAGAAUGCAGUCUUCCUGCCUCACAUCGAAGAUCUCGCCGACUCGCAAUGUGCCUGGACGCUUCGAUCUUCGCAAAAUAGCGAGCAUUCUGCUCAACAGGCACCGGAGCUGUGGCUCGAGCUCGAAGAUGCUCUGCAUAGAUGGACCUCCCGCAUCGAAGCGGAUGCGAGGACAAACACACUCGGGCUAUCAGCGCAUCAGGGGCCCGACGACGCGGACGAGCACCAGCUUCUCCUCGCAACGAUGCAAGAUCUCAACUACCAUCUCAGCGUUCUCCGAGCCAUCCAGACAACUCGCUUCCUUACGCUCGAGCCGUACGCCGAGAACAUCGAGAAAGCUGAGAGUGCUUGGGUCAAAGCUUCAGCAGCCAAGCCGAACGGGGCCUUGGAUUGUCCCGACGCUUCGCAAUUCCUCCACAUUUUGUCUCGCGUAAAGGGUACGUCCGGACGCCUUUACGACGAAAAGCUGUUCUGCGACCUUCAAAGCUGUGCGCAGGCCCAUGCAAGGAGCUCGUUGGCGACAGACUAUCAUCAACGUAGCAAUCACCCACUUUUGGGCUUUGAACCUGGCAUAGCGAAACCGCAAGGCAAGCUCAAACCGCCUCGCGCGGUAGCAGAUGCGAAAGAGCGUCUCCGCGACCUUGCGCCCGCUGACGUCGAGACCACCAAACAACUGGAAAAGAAUGCGCGGCCAGCUUUGACGAUGCGUGUCUCGAACGGCUACGCUGCCCCUCAAUCUGCGGUGGUCUCCAUCUCAGCCUCGGGCGAGCAGCGGAACCCAACGCUCGGAGGCGCCUCUGCCUCCAUAGCUGUUCGGCAAAAGUACGGUCGCACUGUUAGCUCGUCCUCUCUUGCUUCAGCCUCGGCAAGCAAUGAGUCGAGAACAGCAGAGCCUUCUUCUCCUACGGACAGUGUUAGAACCAUAUACUCGCUUGGAGUUGCAAGGCCUCGACGUCCAUCGAGCGUCGUAUCCGUGACGCCAUCUCUCCUGUUCCCGCCGGAACAUGCCCAUAAGGACCAGGAAAAGCUACGGUCCCCCUCCGAGGAUUACUUUGCGGCAGGAUCAUCGCGCCGUGCUCGGUCGUCUUCUUCGUCUUUCACCUCGCCAAGUGGCGGAAUCUCCCGGCCACGCAUCACCAGCCUGUACACCGCAGCACCCGCUCUCCUCUCGUCCAGGUCGAGUCUCGGGCUUGUGGCUCCCUCUGUGUCGACGACCAGCCAACAAAACCUGCACGCUUUGGCUUCCGCUAACCCGACACCCAUUUCUGUCUCUUCUCGCCGCCGGACAGGAUCCAACGCCUCGCUCGGUUCCCUGAAUCCUAGAAUCGCUUCCAUUUUCCCCAAAACGUCACCUUCGAUCUUGGAAGUGCCUGAAGCAUUGGUUGUUUCCAGCUCGGAUUCGGCAACGCGCGACAGUCCCGCAUCAGAGUUGAGGAGUAAAAUUAGCGCCGCUGCAGAUACUCUCCGACGCCUCAAAGGUAGACGGUCUCACAGCGACUUGCGCACUUUUCACUCGGUGCGUAACGACCAUCAAUCUGCACCGCCAGCGCCCCCCUUGCCUGCUUCUAAAACACAACUCAAGGCCCCGCAAGCAUCGACUCUGCGGCGUUCGAAAUCGACCGUCCUUGUCUCGUUAGAAAACUUGCCUGACGAGAGGUCUGACGAUUCCAGAACUUCCGCCAACAAUAUGUUGACAACGACGACGACGUCGAAUGACUCAGCGAUGGAGCGCCUUUCACGAAGGCAAACACGCAUCGCUCACCAGUCGAUUCCUUCGGUGUUGGAAGGCAACGAAGCCAACGCAGCCACUACAAAUGUAGCAACGACAGGGCCUCCGUUCGCUUCCGCGCUUGCUGCGGGUGCCCUUUCUGGUCUCACGGUCGACUUGCUCUUUUUCCCCAUUGACACCAUCAAAACGCGCCUGCAAUCUGCACAAGGCUUUUGGGCGGCGGGAGGUUUCACCGGCGUUUAUCGCGGUCUAGCCUCGACGGCAGUGGGUUCCGCCCCAGGAGCUUCAGUCUUUUUCACGACGUACGAAUCGAUGAAGCCGGCGCUGGUAAGAUGGGUACCCGGUGUCUUUGGUUCGGAAGGCACAUUGGGUCCUGCAGGCGUGCACAUGGCGGCAGCUUCGAUCGCUGAAACCGCUGCUUGUCUGAUCCGCGUCCCCACCGAGGUGAUCAAGUCUCGUCAGCAGACGAUGACCUACGGAAAAGGUACCACUACGUUCCAGGCGUUCACAAAGGUAUUUCAGGAGGCAGGCGUUCGUGGCUAUUAUCGAGGUUUUGGUAGCACGGUCGGUCGUGAGAUUCCAUUCACCUGCAUCCAGUUCCCUCUGUAUGAGCGGCUCAAGCUCGAAAUGGCUCGAUCCAGAGCCAAGUCGCACACUACCUCGACUGAUGCGCAAGGGGGGGAUGCGCUCGCACCAUCGCUGUCGGAUCAAGAGCUUGUACGCAACCUGCCCACCUGGCAAGCCGGCUUGGCGGGAAGCAUUGCCGGCGCAAUCGCGGCAGGGCUCACUACGCCACUCGACGUGGUCAAGACGCGCAUUAUGCUGCACACCAAGCAGGCGAUGGGCACAGCUGCAGAGUCGCUGCCAACCCUCCCGCGCGGAGUCAACACAGACAUCAUCCCCACACUCCUGCACAUCGGCCGGACGGAGGGGAUCAAGACGCUGUUCAGUGGCUUCCUGCCACGCACCAUGUGGAUCGGUCUGGGUGGUGCUGUGUUCCUCGGCACGUUUGAUGCCGGUAUCAAGGCGCUCUCCUGA